GGAGUGAUCCAACACCUGCGGCCGAGAGUGGUCACGUCAGCAAGACUUUCCUUCGUUUUAUUUCACUUUUAAGGGAAUUUCUCGCGGAAUUCGGCGCUCGUUCAUUUAUCCAACAUGGUGUUGCUGGCCGCAGCAGUUUGCACCAAGAGCGGGAAGGCUUUGGUGUCUCGGCAGUUUGUCGAGAUGACAAAGUCGCGCAUUGAGGGGCUUCUGGCUGCCUUCCCAAAGUUAAUGACAGGAGGCCGGCAGCACACCUUUGUUGAGACAGAGUCCGUGCGUUAUGUGUAUCAGCCCCUGGACCGCCUGUACAUGCUGCUUAUCACCACAAGGGCAUCAAACAUCUUGGAAGAUCUUGAAACACUCAGGCUGUUCUCUCGAGUGAUCCCAGAGUACUGCCGUAAUAUGGAAGAAAGCGAGAUCUUGGAAAAUGCAUUCCAUCUCAUUUUUGCCUUCGAUGAGAUUGUAGCCCUUGGUUACAGGGAGUCUGUGAACCUGGCCCAGAUUCGUACUUUUGUUGAAAUGGACUCACAUGAAGAGAAGGUCUAUAGAGCUGUCAGGGAGACCCAAGAAAGGGAGGCUCGAACCAAGAUGAAGGAGAAGGCCAAGGAGCUGCAGCGCAAACGGUACGAGGAGAACAAGAGAGGCAUCAAGUCCCCAGGCUUCUCCGGGGGAAACAGUGGAGGAUUUGGCAUGUCUGGAGGUUUCGGAGGAGGAUCUGGAGGUUUCACCCCAUCGGAGCCGAUAACAGCCACCACACAGGAGAGCAGGCCCGCUCCCAUGAAGGCUUCAGGUCCAAACCGCGCCAUGAAGCUCGGAAGCAAGGCCAAGGAUGUGGAUUCCUUCGUGGACCAGCUGAAGUCUGAGGGAGAGCGAGUAGUUUCCGCAACAGAGCCCGUGAACAAGAUGCAGCCAGUGUCUACGCCUCAAGUGGAUGUCGAGCCAGUUCACAUUGUCAUGGCAGAGGACCUGGUGGUGCGAGCUGGAAGGGAUGGAGGCUUACAGACAAUGGAAGUCCAAGGUAUCCUCAAACUCCGAAUCACAGACAGCGACCACGGCUUUAUCAAAGUACAGGUGGACAAUACAGAUAGCAGACCCAUUCAGUUGCAGACUCAUCCCAAUGUAGACCGUGAUCUCUGGCGCUCUUGCGGACAAAUAGGCAUGAAGAUGUCGAACAAGCCUUUCCCUGCAAACACAGAUGUGGGGGUGUUGAAGUGGAGGUUCCAGACAACAGAUGAAAGUCAAGUGCCAUUAUCUAUUAACUGCUGGCCCCAGGAGAACGGUGCAGGAGGAUGCGACGUCAACAUUGAGUACACCUUAGAGAACACUGAAAUGGAACUCAACGAGGUUACUAUAACCAUUCCGCUUGCCUCGGGUGCCCCCCCACCGGUCAUCAACGACUGUGAAGGAGAGCACGAAUAUGACCGCGCUCACUGCUCGCUUGUAUGGCGUAUUCCCGUUAUUGAUAAGACUUCCCCAACUGCUGCCAUGGACUUCACAGCCAGAGGUGUUCCCGAUAACUUCUUCCCAGUCCGCGUCUCCUUCCACUCCUCACGGAUUUACUGCAACCUCAAGGUUUUGGGAGUUGUCAGCACUUCUGAUGGAGCACCAGUGGUACAUUCCAUGGAGACGCUCAUGAAAACCAACGUCUAUGAGAUUGACUAAAUGUGUUUGUUAUUUCCUAUGGUGCACAAUAAUUAGUAGGAUCCAGACAUCAAGUAAAUCUUCUGUCAUGUUAAGCUGCUAAAAGGAUUAUCAUAUAUAUUUUUUUUCCUUCUUUUUAAGUAGUUGUGUUGAGGUUCAGAACAUUUCUGCAAGUGUUGCAUUUACAUUUGGUAAAAGUAUAAUUUUAAUGAUUCACCUUUAUUUUAUGGAUUGUAUGAAUUAUUCCUGUUGAACAGGUUCCAGGGAAGCUGAGCAGGUUAUUAUUUGACUGGAGUGUGAGUUAGUUACAUCAUGUAUAAGUACUGUCAAUGUUCACAUGUUAAUCCUGGAGAUAAAUCCACCUCUUUAUGUUAACAUAAAUAGGACUGAAGAUGGCAUAUUACAGGGUUGUUUUAUGGCAUCUUCCAGUCAGAUAACUUUUUCUUAUUUUGUAUAUAUAUUUACAAGCAGCCAGUGUCCAAAUUGUUAAUUAUUUUAGUUUAGAAAAGAUUGCUGUUUUUCCCCAUGUAGAAGAAACAGCAAAUUUAUUGUUUCCAAUCUAUAUUCUGCAUUAAAGAGAGGACAAGUUUA